AUGCAUGGUCAACAAGCGCAUCAGACAUUGCUCUCUGCAAUGACUUCUCCUGGAAAGGAGCGAACAAACGCAUUUGGAAGAAUGGGACUCACUUUUGGCCUCGGAUUCCUCCUAACUCCAUUACUUUCCAUCAUCGCCACAAAACUGUUUUCUGAAAGUGCGCCAAUCAUUGUUUCUGCUAUUCUUUGCAUCGUUCCCGUUGCUGUAUUGGAAUGCUUAUUGGACAAAAGGUCGUACGAAGAGCACCAAUCGGAAGUGACCGAGGAGUCAAAUAACCACAUGAGCAUCACUAAUGUUAUUCGCAUACUAAAUCGACCCGGAGUACUAAAUAUAAUGUUCAAGAAAAAUGCUCCUAUUGUCCCCAUGCUUCUUACUAACGGUUUUGGUGUUAUUUGGAUGCGGAAGAGAUUCACAGAACAGACUCUGCUCCUAAUAGGAAUGAUUUUCUUCGUGAGUUUAUCCUUUCUUUACUUUGGAAAUGAAAUUUGCUAGUU